AUCCUGUCUAAGCUACAUGGGGAACAGAAGUAACGGAUUACAGAGCAAAUAAACAAGGAGACACAGGCUGCUAAAAAUGGGAAAUGAACAGACAACAACGACUACAACCACAACGACUGUCCCAACAACUAUCGCGACAACCACAACGACUAUCCCGACAACCACAACAACUAUCCCGACAACCACAACAACUAUCGCGACAACCACAACAACUAUCCCGACAACCCCUCCUCCAACCACAGCCAACGCACAGAAUUACGGGUUAACCACAAUGGAUAAAAUAGUGAUUGGACUUUCCUGUGCAGCGUUGAUUAUCAUGCUGGCGACUGCGAUUGUAUAUUUCAUCAAGAGGAAGCGAAAAAAGAAAUUAAAUUCAGAAGAGGGACCGAUCCAAGACAGCAAUAGAAAGAGUUCUUUGAAACUGGAGGACAAUAUGUACGCAAAUAUUGAUUGUGUGACCCAGAAUCCAGACAACAAGCCAGAAGUGACCUACGCUGAAAUACAAACUAGUAAAAGACUGAAGCCAAAAUCUAUUCCAUCAGAAACCACAGAAUAUGCAGAAAUAGCGUUAAAUAAAUCCAAAGAAGCAACAUUUUAACCCUUUACGGGCUCGCUUUAUGGCUGCGUGUUGUAAUGUGUUCAAUCUCUCCUCACACUUGCUUGACACAGGCCUGUUUCUGUAGGUGAGAUAUUUUAUUCCACCCUAUAGGAUCACAGUGUAGAGUAUUUGUAUUAUUAUUAAUAUUAUUUUUUGUAAUUGUUUUAAUUUAUUAUAUUAUUGUAGUUUUUAAAGCAGUCGUGUAGGCCAAGGUGAAUAAAGACACAUGUAAAGAAAUAAUGACGCUCUUAAACUAUUGUCUAUUUUAUUAACUGUAAUUUUUAUAUUUAAGGUCAGUAGCAUGGCUUUAGUCUCAUUUCAGUAUUUGCAGCUCACCAACACUGUCAACAUAAGCUAUGAAAAGCGCAAGAUUUAAUACUGUACAUGUGUUGUGGUGACGUCAUCAUUACUGCAGAAAUUGAAUUGAAUUUGAAGGAUAUCUAUCUA